CCUUUGUUUCUUUUCUCCUCGAACGUGAACAGGUCGCGUUUGAAAAGCUAGCUAGCUAAUAGUACACUGCUAAAUACAGGGACAUGUUUUUUCUUAAAUCGAGCUGGUGACCUCACAAGAUCUGGUGUUAUGAGACUCCAGUUCCAGAAGACCUGUGAAUAAACACGGCCCACUGGGCACACACUGAUUGGUGUUAUGAGACUCCAGUUCCAGAAGACGUGUGAAUAAACACGGCCCACUGGGCACACACUGAUUGGUGUUAUGAGACUCCAGUUCCAGAAGACUUGUGAAUAAACACGGCCCACUGGGCACACACUGAUUGGUGUUAUGAGACUCCAGUUCCAGAAGACGUGUGAAUAAACACGGCCCACUGGGCACACACUGAUUGGUGUUAUGAGACUCCAGUUCCAGAAGACUUGUGAAUAAACACGGCCCACUGGGCACACACUGAUUGGUGUUAUGAGACUCCAGUUCCAGAAGACUUGUGAAUAAACACGGCCCACUGGGCACACACUGAUUGGUGUUAUGAGACUCCAGUUCCAGAAGACUUGUGAAUAAACACGGCCCACUGGGCACACACUGAUUGGUGUUAUGAGACUCCAGUUCCAGAAGACUUGUGAAUAAACACGACCCACUGGGCACACACUGAUUGGUGUUAUGAGACUCCAGUUCCAGAAGACCUGUGAAUAAACACGGCCCACUGGGCACACACUGAUUGGUGUUAUGAGUGUUCCCAGCGGGAGGAGAGACACCUCAAACUUGUGACAACUCCAUUCAAUAACUAGGUGUUAUUAUUAUUAUUAUUGCUGUUUUUACCAAGAAACGUUCUGACUCAACAGACAAUAUGAGUCAAAAGAAGGGAACAUUGAUGGAUGAAAUCGAAAAGACUUUAUGGAAUUUAACUGAGGACAAUUUACGCUCCCUUUGUGAACGUUAUGGCCAAGACGCAUCCGAAGUUAAAGGCAUGGAUCACCGCUCGUUGCGGCGUAAAAUCAUGGAGGAAAUGUGGGACAAUACUGAUUCAAUGAAAUCAGUGGAGCAGGGAAUGUCUUGGUUAGUCCAACUGAAAGAGGACAUCAGGAGGAUACAGGAGGAUGCUAGUGGUGCACCUGUGAGUCACAGCAAAGCCGAUGAUCCUGUAGACUGCGAUGAAGAAUGGAAUGGAGAGGGAGGGGCUGGGUUACCUAGCAACAGGUUGGAGGUGGAGCCCAUGAGUCUCAGCCAAUCUGAUGAUGAUGAUGACGCUACAGACUGUGACGCAGGGGACACGGAUUGGUUGCCUAGCAAUGGGCUGGAGGCGGAGUCCAUGAGUCCCAGCCAGUCCGAUGAUUGUGAUGCUGCAGACUGCGAAGAAGAAUUGGACAGGGAGGUCAGGGAUUGGAUGGUUUGCGAUGGGCUGGAGGUGGAGUUAUCUCCAGAGAAGCACACACCAGAGCAGAAGGACAAGUGUCACCCACCGAAGACCCUGUGUCGUGCCUCUCCCGGUAGCGCCUUCAUUUUGGGUCUGAAGAGGGUGUCUGUGCAGCUGAUGGACUGCAGGAAACCACCGGGACAGAAAACCUGCAAGAAAACCCACUCCUGUGCUCAGUGUGGGAACAGUUUUGCCACGAAAGACAUUCUGGAGCGACAUCUGCUAACUCACACUGGAGAGAAACAGAAAAAUAUAUGUGCUGAAUGUGGGGGGGUAUUCAGUACAUUUUCCAGCCUUUCCAGGCAUCUGAAAACUCAUACUGGAGAGAAAUGUCAUGUUUCUGAAACCACAUGCUCUGAAUGCGGAAAGACAUUCAGUACACAUUCCAGUCUUAGGAGACAUCUGCUAACUCACACUGGAGAGAAACCGUACGUUUGCCCUCGUUGUAAGAAAGGUUUCAAUGAUCCAGGAAACUUGAAGAAACACAUCAGGAGAGCUCACCCAGGAGAGAAGUUGGGUGUGGAGAGGCUCUACCGUGAACCGUGUCCUCACUGUGGGGAGAAGUUUCCCACAAAGAAGGCUUUGGAGGAGCACCUGGUAACCCACACAGGAGAGAAACCUCACCAGUGCUCUGACUGCAGGAGGGGAUUCAAGGAAUUGUCUAGUCUUAAGAGGCAUCUGAGAACUCAUACUGGGGAGAAACCAUACAUUUGCCCUCGUUGUGGCAAGCCUUUUAAUGAUCCAGGAAACUUGAAGAAACACAUCAAAAGAACUCACUCCGGAGAACAUUCCAAAGAGAAACCUUCUGAGAACAAUGUUGGUUCUUCAGAACAGGAGGAGACAGUAAAGAAGCCAGUCCUUCAUCCAUGUUCACACUGUGGGAAGAAGUUGUCAACCAAGACAAGACUAAAGAUUCACCUGAAGACCCAUACUGUAGAGAAAUCUCACGUCUGCCCCGACUGUGGGAAGAACUUUGCUUUCCGUCCCUCCUUGACUAAACACCAGAAACUUAGUCAUUCAGAGCACGGAGGAGUGAAAAGGAACGAAUGUUCAGUGUGUGGGAAAGUCUUUAAUCAACCAGGAGCCUUGAGGUCCCAUCAAAGAACCCACACUGGAGAGAAACCUCACCUCUGUGCUGACUGUGGGAAGAGUUUCUCUUUUCAGUCGUCUCUGAAAAGACAUCAGGCACUUCACGCAGCAGGUAGUGCAAAGCCCCACAUGUGCUCUGUCUGUGGGAAAGGCUUCAGAGAUUCUGGAUACUUAAAAAAACACCAAGCCAUCCAUUCGGAAGAGAAACCUCACCUCUGCUCUGAUUGUGGAAAGACUUUUGCAUCCUUAUUUACCUUAACAAAUCAUUCCAAAUUGCAUCGUUUAAACAGAGACCAAUUCCAAUGCCCUGAAUGUAAGCGCCAUUUCCCAACAAAGGAAAGGCUGACAAGCCACCAGAGAACGCAUACCGGAGAGAAACCAUUUCGCUGCUCCCAAUGCCACAAACGCUUCUCUCACUCAAGUAGUUAUCAAAGGCACCUUCGUAUGCACACUGGGGAGAAACCCUUCAUUUGCCCCCUUUGCGGGAAGCAAUUUAACGACUCUUCGAAUCUUAGAACACAUGUUAGAAGACAUAAAGGAGAGAAGGUAGGCAAAACACAGGUCUCUGAGCCAUGCCCUCACUGUGGGAAGAGGCUGGCUUCUAAGGCAGGGUUAGAGACUCACCUGCGGACCCACACUGGAGAGAAACCUCACCUCUGCGCCGACUGCGGCAAGAGCUUCGGGUUCCACUCAGCUUUGAGAAGACAUCAGAAAACGCAGCACGGAGAGCAAUUAGCGAAGCCGCACGUCUGUUCUGUCUGUGGAAAAGGUUUCAUGGAAUCUGGAGCGCUUAAGAAACAUGUGGUGACCCACGAGGAGAAACAGCACCUCUGCCCUGACUGCGGAAAGACGUUCAGGGUGCUUCAGGCCUUGUCAAAUCAUCAGAGAACCAAGCAUCAGAAAACAAAUGAGCAAGUAAGAGAGAAGAAUCCGUUCCUGUGCCUUACUUGCGGCCAGGAAUUCAAUUCAAAGCAUAGAUUGGUAAUCCACGAGCGAAAGCACACAGGCGAGAAGCCUUACCAAUGCUCCCAUUGCGACAAACGCUUCACUGAGAAGUCUUACAUGAAACGUCACCAGACGGUGCACACGGGAGAUAAACCUUUCCAAUGCUCCGUCUGCGAUAUGAAGUUCUCGCAUGGUGCAUCUUUAAUACGGCACCGCCUAAUACACUCAGGUGAGAAACCGUACCACUGCACUUACUGCGACAAGAGUUUCUCUCAGUCAAAUACGCUGAAAACACACAUACUAACGCACACCGGAGAGAAACCGUACCCGUGCACCGACUGCGGGAAGCGUUUCACUGAAAAGAAAGCUAUGAAGAAACACCAGCGCGACACACACGGGACAGAGACACACAGCAACACACACGGGUCAGGGGCACACAACUCUGCUUUCUCUUUGCCUGGUAAAAAACAGAGAUUGAGUCAAGACCGGAGCCCUCGAGCAAAGCCGUACCAAUGCCCUGACUGUGGCAAGUGUUUCUCCGAGAAAAGAGCUCUUACGAAACACCAGAAGACACACCGGAGAGACAGCGCCCCCUAUUGGUCCGGUAUACUGCAGCGAUGGAGUCAAGACCCGCAACACUCUAAUACUGACUCAGACCAAGACCAAGACUGGACCUCUUUAUAAAGACUCAGACCAAGACUGGACCUCUUUAUAAAGACUCAGACCAAGACAGGACCUCUUUAUAAAGACUCAGACCUCUUUAUAAAGACUCAGACAGGACCUCAGUAUUGACCCCCCCAGUCAGAUGAGACCAGGACCUCAUUUAAACAGGGCAGAUAUGAUUGUGUUGUUUUGGCCAGCAGUUCUCCAGGCUUUUUCCCUUCUUCACACUAUGUCAACCUUCAGUAUGCCAAUUCUGCUUUAAUUAGGAGACAUUUUGUUUUGUUGCAUGUUGUAUUGAGACUUGAGAUUUGGCCCAAUUAUAUAACAUCUAUUAUUUAAGAAGAGUAAUUGCACCAAGAACAAUGAGAUCAUCUGGUCUGGAGUCUGGUAACACCAAGAACAUGAGAUCAUCUGGAGUCUGGAAACACCAGGAACAAUGAGAUCAUCUGGAGUCUGGAAACACCAAGAACAUGAGAUCAUCUGGAGUCUGGAAACACCAAGAACAAUGAGAUCAUCUGGUCUGGAGUCUGGAAACACCAAGAGCAAUGAGAUCAUCUGGAGUCUGGAAACACCAGGAACAAUGAGAUCAUCUGGAGUCUGGAAACACCAAGAACAAUGAGAUCAUCUGGUCUGGAGUCUGGAAACACCAAGAGCAAUGAGAUCAUCUGGAGUCUGGAAACACCAGGAACAAUGAGAUCAUCUGGAGUCUGGAAACACCAGGAACAAUGAGAUCAUCUGGAGUCUGGAAACACCAAGAACAAUGAGAUCAUCUGGUCUGGAGUCUGGAAACACCAAGAGCAAUGAGAUCAUCUGGAGUCUGGAAACACCAGGAACAAUGAGAUCAUCUGGAGUCUGGAAACACCAGGAACAAUGAGAUCAUCUGGAGUCUGGAAACACCAAGAACAAUGAGAUCAUCUGGUCUGGAGUCUGAAAACACCAAGAACAAUGAAUAUCAUCUGGUCUGGUGUCUGGAAACACCAAGACGACCAGAUCAACAGUCCAUCUUCGGUAUAAACAAGCUAAGGGACGGGAAUGGGGGAAAACAACCUCAAAUUCAUAGACAGACAUGGCAACAGAAAGCUGCCCAUAGCAUUUUACACAGCUAACAACCAUUGGAUUUAAAAUGGAUUCAUUCAUUGACUGUUCUUUGUCCAAACAACCAUUGGAUUUAAAAAUUCAUUGACUGUUCUUUGUCCUAACAACCAUUGGAUUUAAAAAUUCAUUGACUGUUCUUUGUCCUAACAACCAUUGGAUUUAAAAUGGAUUCAUUCAUUGACUGUUCUUUGUCCUAACAAGCAUUGGAUUUAAAAUGGAUUCAUUCAUUGACUGUUCGUUAUCCUUCAAGAUAACAUUUCCACAACUCUUUAGUUACCAGGAAACAAGACAAUUAGAAACAAGCGCCCCCCUCCACCACAAACACACACACCUAAGAGACUCAAUGAACUUAGAGUAUAUUGACGUGUUUCACAGUUGUGUACAGCAAGUAAUUUGUUUGACAUUUUUAAUGGCUCUAUUCGAUCAGAUCCACUUUAGUGGUGUCGGAGGUGGAACUGCGUUAGAGCCGUCAAAUCCACAAGCGGCUCCUGGCAUUAUACCUUAAGCGGACAUUGCGAUCGGUAUUGCCCAGUCACAGAACUCCCACGCUGUCUUGUUUAGAAGUUGGAACACUGUGUGAUGUAGUCUACAGCCAGUUGAAUGAUUUUUAAAUCUUGAGUGUAUUCUUUCUAUGUAUAGUCGACAGUUCCAACAGUUCCCCCUCAGACGCCGCCAAAACAUCCGCUAUGGCGGUUAAUGAGCUCAUUGAAUCUAGGCCUGAGUAUAUACUUUGGCAGAUGAUAUUGAAGAAUGUUGUGUGUUUCAAAGGCUGUUUGAGUCUAUGUAAAAACACCAUGGAAACCGUGACAGUAAACAUGUUUGAACUGAGUUCUGAUCUUCUAGUUCUCGUCUUCAGUUAUUUGACUGUCUGGUCAGUGGAGAGUUUUACAGCAGAGAUUAUCAAUACGGACAUGAAGGUUAUUUGACUGGUCAGUGGAGAGUUUUACAGCAGAGAUUAUCAAUAUGGACAUGAAGGUAGACUGUCUGGUCAGUGGAGAGUUUUACAGCGGAGAGUUUUACAGCAGAGAUUAUCAAUAUGGACAUGAAGGUGAUUUGACUGUCUGGUCAGUGGAGAGUUUUACAGCAGAGCCAGAGAUGAUCAAUAUGGACAUGAAGGUUAUUUGUCUGGUCAGUGGAGAGUUUUACAGCAGAGAUUAUCAAUAUGGACAUGAAGGUUGACUGUCUGGUCAGUGGAGAGUUUUACAGCAGAGCCAGAGAUUAUCAAUAUGGACAUGAAGUGUAAUGAAUUGGAGGUGCAGGUAGAUAAUCACAUACGUCAUUCUGAGUAACACUGUCCAGAUAGCAUUGCUACUGGUUUUCUAGCCUUUACUGCCGGGCAGUUGGUUGCCUUCGUUGGCAGGGACGUAAGAAACAUUUAAAUUGUGAUGUGGUCUGCGCCAUCAUGUCCACGACCAGGGUUGGCACUUCACAGGCAGACAGACAUUUAGAAAAAACUUCUUCCACUUGUAGAAAUUGAAGAAUAAACUGAUUGGAGCUCAUUUCUAAUAAAAACACAUGACACCUUA